UCAAUCAGUUCGUUCUUCUUGAGCCCUCACGCUAGUGGUCAGUAGCUUUUGCUCCCUCCCUCUGGCGCUGGCGAUUGAUGUCCACUUCGGUAUUUUUCCCUAAAUUUGUCAUCUUCUAAAAUACCUAUCAACGAAACAGUGAGCUAAGCACAGUGUACUCUAGAGACCGUAACGAGCAGGGCCAAUCCAACAGCUAGGGAGCCGUUCGACAUCACAUCACCAUCGGGUUAAAGUUCAACGUCGCAAGCAGGAAAAGAUGUCAGAGAGCAACAAAAAACCAGACGCAGCUGAAGGAGUUGCUGGCAAGGGUUCCGCCGACAAAGAACUGGACGAUCUGCUAGACAGUGCUCUGGAAGAUUUUGGUAAGCACAAAGAGGAGAGCGGAAAAGCAGCCGGAAGUACUGAUGCAUCACACGACGAUCCCCCCACGGAGCAACUGUGGAAUGAAGAGUUUAUUUCGUCCCAGGCGAAAAUGUUCGAGGAAAAAAUGGCAGCGCUGUUCGGAGGCGGAAGCGGCGAAGUGGACGCCGAUCAGAUCACACUAGGGUUCCAGAGAAUCGCCGAAGCGGCCGCGUUGGCCGUCCGAGGGGAAUCGACCAAUCCCACCACGGAGACGGUGGACCCAUCGAUCAGCCAAAGUAUCACCGAUGCCCUGCGGGGAUUGAGUGAAGGCCGGGAGAAUCUCCAGACGCCCUUCAGCCCGGAGGACAUAGCAGGCAUGUUCGGCAACAUCGAUCUGAACGAGGGCGGCGAAAAUAACGCGUUCCUACCGUUUAUGCAAACCAUGAUGCAGAGUUUGCUGUCGGCCGAGGUGCUGUUGCCGAGCUUGAAGGACCUUACCGAUAAGUAUCCCGCCUGGUUGCAGGAAAAUGGAGAAAAGAUUCCCAAGGAAGACAAGGAGCGAUACGAAAAACAGCUCAAGCUUAUGGAAGACGUGUGUCGGGAGUUGGAGAAGGAGAAACCGGAAGAUUCGGCCGAGGAGAAACGGGUACGGUUCCAGACGGUGCUGGAUAUGAUGCAGAGCAUGCAGGAUCUGGGACAACCUCCGGCCGACCUCGUGGGUGAUCUGGGAGGACCCGGUAACAUGAACUUGCCUACGAUAGAUCCCACUGCUUUCAGCGAUCCCAAUCAAUGUGCCACGAGCUAAUUGAUCGGAUUUCUCAUAAGCAAGGUGCGGUUUUAGUUUCAUUUAGAGCUAUAUCGGAUAUAAUUUGCUCCGUAACUCGUGUGGACGAGUGUUUCGGAGUUUCCCCGUGCCAAUCGUCUUUAGAUUGGAACGGUAUUGUAUAUGGGAAUGGGUAAUCCUACGCAUUGUGUGUGCUGUUUUAGUUGUUGCUUCCCGACAGUUGCCUUUUCUUUUCUAUUUAAAUCCUCUAUCGGAACGGGCCGGCAAUUGCCUAGUGUGAUUGAAUGCAAAUAUGAAUAUUUAUACUUUUAUGGAAAAUUGGAGAGUAAUAAAUAAUAAUGAUACUAA